AUGGAUGUUCGGUUACACCGAAGCAACGGAAUGCACAGGCCCGUCGGCAUCAAUCUGGCCUCGACAUAUCUCUGCUUCCUGCUCGUUGUUGGCCGUAUUCUAGCGGCUGUCCCCUAUAUCCCCUCGUAUCUUCUGUAUGAUUCGCAGAACAAUGCAUCUUUCGCCUACCUGCUACGGUCGGAGAGCCCCGAAGGCACCACGCAACUGCUUUCCCUGAAUAUCUCAGAGCAGGUCGAGAGCGCUAGCCCCAAGUAUAGGACUCUCUUGGAAGAGGUGCCCUUCCGGGUCGACAAUCAGACGUCAUCCUUUGUCCCGGUGAUCGAUCGGCAUGGCAUUAUCAAGGCCUACACUGGCAACUGCCAAAGUGGACAAGAGCAUGCUGCGGUAUGGCAGUUCACUCCGGACACUAAAAGCUCCAUCGGCAACGGGACAUGGGAAACGUUUGCGUUGAAUGGAACGGACGACCAAGAAAAGCCCCGAAUCCGAGGCCCAAACUACCUCUCCGGAGGGUUUUCGUACGCACCUUCGAACGAUACCGACACCUCAAUCUACGCUUUUGGAGGCAUGUGCCCAUCGCUCAGUGUCUGGGGGGAAACAUGGAUGGCGGCUGCCGACUACUCGCAGACUAUGACCGUUUUAGACCCUUCGGCUUCGGACAGCCCACCUUCCUAUCAAAUCUCAACCACGGGCGAGCGUGCGCCCCCGAUUCCAGAAGCUGGAUUUACAAUCACCCCGUUACUGCCAACAUAUGGCUCUACCCCAACCGGCCGAUUGCUACGACAACAGAAUUUUUUGAUGAUCGGAGGUCAUACCCGGCAUGCGUUCAUCAACAUGUCCCAGCUGGCUGUCUUCUCGCUUCCCCAAAAUAGCUGGAGUAUCGUUGAUGUUGGCUCUCCUCUGAAUAUAGAGAAAACGGAACUCGCCGUUCGCAAGACCCCGGUCGUAGAACCCAGGUCCGGACACACAGCCAUUCUUUCACCGGAUGGCGGGAAAGUGAUUGUCUUUGGAGGUUGGGUCGGCAAUACCAGUGCCCCUGCCAGACCUCAAUUGGCUGUCCUUGAGCUAGGUGAUGAUUACACGAGCCCAGGGGGCUGGACGUGGAAAAUCCCCUCCGAGGAACGUGGCGGAAGUGUCGAGGGAAGUGGGAUUUACGGACAUGGCGUGACGAUGCUCCCUGGAGGCGUGAUGAUGGUCGCAGGAGGCUAUCAAAUACCGCGGCCUUCCAAACGAUCAACAACCGGUCCGCAAUUGAAUACACAAAUUCACUUGUACAACGUCACUUCCGGCAGCUGGGUCUCUUCCUACGCAAAUCCCAACCAUCACCCGGCCCAAAAAACUGGGGACACCGAUACCGAACGUACGAUGCAUUCAUCUACAUCCCGAACGAUUGGCCUCGGCGCCGGACUCGGAUUAGGAAUCCCCGCUGUCGCUGGUGCAGCUGUUUUCAUUUGGUUCUACUGCAGGAGGCGACGUGUACGCCAAACGCGAGAUCAAAACCUGCGGAAGCUAGCCUUAGAUGCGCAAAGAAAUCACUUCUGGGGUCAGGAAGACCCUUUCAUAGCUAGCAGUAUUCGCAGACCCCCUAUGAGAGAAGCAGAUACCAAUAGUGACUACCCUUGGAACAACAACCGAGGCGUGGGACAUCCAUCCAGCUGGCAGGAUAAUGGCGAUGCUGUUGCUGAGCGAACGGGACUACUCAUGGAUACCCCAAGCCCCACGAAAAGCAGUCGGCCCAUUCUGAACGCUAGAAUGUAUCGACCACCCGCACCGUACAACGAAUACCGGAGAAGCGACGGCACGGGCGACAUCCAUCCAAUUGACGAACGUGAAGAAGACGAAGCACAGCCCUCGGAGCAGAUGGCUGCGCGUGAAUCUAUGGAACCAUUCCUCACCCCUAAAACCACUGUUACGAUUCCCGACCACCCUUAUGCUACGGAGGACGCUGUGCCAACAGUAGCAGCCGGCGUUGGAUGCGAUGACGACGAGCACUCCUCCACGGGGAAGAAUGACAGGACUUCCUCCAACCUAUCCGAUUCCUCGACGUCGGUCAGGUCAGCCCAUCCGCCUAACGGCACGGUUUUCAACCAUCCUCCUAGUCUACGCAGCAGUGGGCGCGAGUCGCCAGAAAAGUCGUGCUCCGCAUCCAGCCAUAGCAGAGAAGGUCCACACAGCCGACCCGAUAGUGCAACGAUCCCUCACGAGAAACGCUACUCAUCAGAAUCCUUUUCUACCGCCCACACAACCCUCUCUCAGCGACAGGCAGAGGGGGAGCGCCUCCUGCAAGAAGAUGGCCCCGAGCCUCAUACGUUCGAACUCUUCCCGAGGCCUCUUUCCAUCGCCAAGCCGAGGGCCUCCGAGUGGAUCGGCAAUGUCCGACGAGUUUUGUCGGUAACUCGCAAGCGAGCUCCAGCAAAUGACGACUGGACCAAUGCUGCUUCCGUGGCGUCAGGGAUCGAUCGAGGCAGCAACGUUCUCGCACCCAGUAAGGCCUCAUCAACACACGACGCUGGAAUUGGUAUGCAGGUCCCGCGAAGAUCCGUGAGCGCGUCGGCCGAGCUGUUCAGACGAAAGCAAGGCGCCCGCGAUUGGGGGGCAGGAAACCGAGUUUCGCGCGACAUGAGCUUCCAUACGCUCACGCGCGAUGAUUUUGCCCUCGAUGGGCUCCUGGAUGUGAUGAGCGAGGACGAGGACUGGGACGUAGAGGGAGCUGCCGAAGGGAGACGGGUCCAAAUAGCAUACACGGUGCCCAAAGAGAGGCUGAGAGUCGUCAAUGCCACCGCUCGCGAUAUGGACAACUUCUCCGAGAAAUCCAUCAGUCGAAGCAACAGCGAGGCGUGA